CCCUGCUGACGUGUAUACCAACAGAUAGAAAUGGAGCACGGCGUUGCAUUUCCGGCUGAUCAUAGAGUAGACGAAGGAGCCGUCGGCCCCUGACGCCGGGCACAUAGAAAUAGACAUUGGAGACAAAGCUGGCCAUUCUAACUUUGCCAGAACUCAGGCUAGUCAUUUUCCGACGGGUCUCGACGGAGUCAUUCCCACUGUAGAGGAUAAGACAGGUGGGUGGCCGCGAUGCGCUCUUCUCUGAGCAAGCAUGUACCUAGAGCAAGCGAGUUUGGUAACACCCUGAACGAGAUUCAAGCUCCGAAGCGGUUAAAUAGUCCUGGGGCCAUGGCCCAGAACCUCGAUCUCGGUAUGCAGCUGACACAAACGAUAGCGGGCCGGAUAUUCAAUUCAAAGACAUGGACUGAAGUGGAGGCAAACGCUUCAAGCGACGAGAGAUAAGAACGAUGUCCGCCGUGUGUGCUGCAAGUAAUGCUUGUGAAACCUCGCUGUGCAAACCGCAUUUAGGGGUUACAACAGACGACCGAGUGUUCCACACGCAUGUUGAAGUGGAACCGCCAUUGCCUCAUCGGAUCAUUUGUUUGCUCGUCAGUCAAAGACACUGGCGGGCAUGCCGGCAGCCGUGGUUGAUGUCGGUGUCGAUGGCGAUAUUGCUCUCCUUCAGCGGUUGCUCGUCAAA